UAUGCCAGAGGCCCCGGCUGUCAGCAUCGUCGACUUCUCCUCCGCCGCCUCCUCUUUCUCUUCCCCAACCCCAACUUCCCCUCGACCCCGCCCCCUCGGCGAGCCGCGCCGCGCCGCGGUGAAUGCGAUGGCCACGGCUUCGUCGGAGCCGCUCCCCAGCGGCGAGGAGGGGGACGAGGAUGCGGGGGCGAGGAUCGAUGACGACCUUCGCGGCAUGUCGGACCAGGCGCUGAAGGAGAGGUUCAAACGCCUACAGGACGGGCUCAACAAAUUCCCCGGCGUCCUCCCGGACGGUGGGAAGAAGUACCGCCGCUCGCUCCGGGCCGUCCGCGGCGAGCUCGACCGCCGCACUCGCUUGGCCUCGGACUCGGCCUCUCUCCGGCCACGGCCGCGGCCGCCGCGUCCGCAAGGCCGCCUAGGCGAGCCGGAUGGCAAUAGAGGUGAACGGAUGAUCCAGUCAAGUUGUGCAGAACCGUCUGGGUUGUCUAGUAAAUGCAAUGAAAAUCAUGGAGUAACCAAAUCUGAUUUCCUUUCUGCAUUUGAGGUGGAUGAUGAGGCAGGCAUCGAUGUGGAGAUAACAAGUAUAUGCCCUGGCAAGACUAAAACGCCAGUAGAAAAUAAAGGGAAGUCGUAUGAAGUAAGUGAAUCUUGCAAAACCAAUGCACAACCAACGCCUCCCAAAGUAUUAUGUAUCGACAACUCAAUCGACGUGGAAAAUAUGUCUUCUGACGAUGACUUCAAGGAUAACGGCGAUAUUAGGACACGUGAAAAUGCUUCCACACCUUCUCGGAAAAGGAAAGGAGAUGACUCAGUAAACUUCUCAAUGCGAUUGAGACCAAGAAAGGCUCAAGAGGUGGUUCUACUCGAUGCAGAUGCACACCAUUCAGAAUCUGCAGAGAAGCCAACCACUAAACGGGAUGCAAUGAAGAUAUAUUAUCCCUCAAGCGAACACUCAAAUUCUAUUGAGCUUUCUCAUGAUGACAUAAAAUGCCUUGAGCCUGAAUCGUUACUUUCCUCAACUAUAAUGAACUUCUACAUUAUGUACCUGCAAGGGCCAAUGUCAUCGAUUAGUACACAAAGAGGCAAGUAUCACAUUUUCAAUACAUACUUCUUCAAGAAACUUGAAGCCCUAAAAUCAAAGGUAGACAAGCCUUCUUAUUUCUUAAACCUGAGAAGAUGGUGGAAAGGCAUAGAUAUAUUUCAAAAGCCAUAUAUAUUAUUUCCUGUGCAUGCAGAUACUCAUUGGAGCCUGGUGAUUAUAUGCAUGCCAGCAAAGGAAGAUCAAUCAGGCCCCAUUAUACUUCAUUUGGAUUCACUGAAGUUCCAUAACAGCAGAUUGAUUUUCAGUGUUGUUGAGAGAUUCUUAAAACAAGAAUGGAAUUACCUGAAGGAAAAUGGGUCUUUAGCAGAAUGUCCUAUACGAGAAACGGUGUGGAAGAAACUUCCUCAUAAAAUUGAGAAGAAACCAAUUGCGGUUCCGCAGCAGGAAAAUGAAUUUGACUGUGGCCUCUUUGUUCUGUACUAUAUGCAGCGGUUCAUCGAGGAGGCACCUGAAAGGCUUCACAAGAAAGACCUUUCUAUGUUUGGCAAAACAUGGUUUCAACCUGAAGAGGCUUCUGCAUUGCGAAAGAAAAUGAAGACCCUGCUUCAUCAGUUGUUUGAGGAAGCGGAUCCCAGUAACGAUAGUACAUCGGAGCAGACAGCGUGUCAGUUGCUUUUGGAAGCUAAGCCUGCAAACAACGUGAUGGAGCUGGCAACGUCAGAACACCCUUUGGAAGUCAGUUCAGCUGAGGUGAUACCAACGUCGGAACACCUGCUGGAAGUCGGUUCUGUUGAGAUGACACCAAUGUCUGAACACCCUUUGGAGGUCGGUUCUGCUGAGAUGUCACCAACGCAAGAACAUCCUUUGGUGGGCAGUUCUGGUGAGAUGGCACCAGCGCAAGAACAUCCUUUGGUGGGCAGUUCGGCUGAGAUGGAACCAACACAAGAACAUCCUUUGGUGGGCAAUUCGGCUGAGAUGGAACCAAAGCAAGAAUAUCCUUUGGUUGGCAGUUCGGCUGAGAUGGCACCAACGCAAGAACAUACCUUGGUGGGCAGUUCGGCUGAGAUGGCACCAACGCAAGAACAUCCCUUGGUGGGCAGUUCGGCCGAGAUGGAACCAACGCAAGAACAUCCUACGGUGGGCAGUUCCGCCGAGAUGGAACAAACGCAAGGACAUCCUAUGGUGGGCAGUUCCGCCGAGAUUACAUCGCAGAAACCUUUGGAAGGCACUUCGACCCGACCAACUAGUUUUGAGCACCCUUUGGAAUGCAGCUGAUUGAUGUUACCACCUUUGGAGCGACCUACGUUACCCGUAGAAACCGAAACCGGCUCGGAAUUGUAUUAUAGAUGGGAAGGUGUUGUAGCCUGCAUCUGUGGGCAACUUUGAGGGAGGGGUGGUGUUGCAUGACUGAACGUUGCAGUUAAUGUAUCCGCGGGAACUACCGUGUAUAUAUAAUAUCAGUAGGAGAAAUGGUGGGUGUACGAGUCGCUCAGGAUGGACUUCAUCUGUUUAGUUAUUUAUAGGCUAGGCUGGAAGAGGUCAAUAAAAUCUCAGGCUCUGAUUAGACGA